CAGAAUGGAUACAGCCCAGGGGCAGGGCUCCUCCAAGCUGUGUCAACAGAAGUCUGGUCUCUAACAACAGAAGCCUCUCUUUCCUCUCCUUCUCCUCUGUGAAGUGUGUUGAGCCGAAAUAGAGACUGAGGUUCCCCAGUGGCCCUGAAGAGGAAUCCCCUCUACAGCAUGUUUGACAAGAGGUCAAAUAGCCUCUGAAUACUUCCAGAGAUGGGGAACUCAAUGCCAGCGUCUGAUUGUUAGGGAAUUCUUCCUUCGGACUCCCUUUGGCUCAGAGGAGCAGAAAUGGCACAUGCCUCGGACACAGGUAGGCAACCAAAGGAAGAGUUCCUCAGGGCCAUGCAUGCCCUCCAAGCCAUCUCUGAUCACACCUUGCAGGUGGCCAGCCCCAUCCUGGAACACCCUGGGGGCCUGGGCCUGCUCACUGGCUCUCACCUUCACCACCUGGCCCGACAAAGCCGCGGCCUGUGUGUGGAGCUGGACCAUGUGGGCCAGCUCCUGCAAUUCCAGCAGGACCGGCUCCUAAGGCGGAUCCCCACUCCGGGAGGAGUCAGAGGCUUGCACUGUUCCCUGGAUGGGACACUCUACCUGACCUUUGAUGAAUCGCCUUGCAUCCAAAUCCUUGACCUCUCUGGCCACUCUCUCCACUCUCUGCCCUGCAGCCUGCCGGGUCCAGGAGCCUUUGUGUCAGAGGAUGUGACUGUGACGGGCUCAGGGCUAGUGUUGGUCAGCAGCUUGGUCCAUAGAGCAGUUUUUGCGUUCCACCACUUUUCUAAGGCCUCCAAAGGCGAAUGGGUGAAAAUCUUGACCUUUGCAUCCCCCAGAGGGCUGGGAGUGGAUGCUCUGGGUCGCUUCCUGGUAGCAGACUAUGCCUCAGGCUUAGUCCAUAGCUUUUCACUGAGCUCAUCAUUCAAGGCCCUUGGUCUGACCACUGUCUCGGGCCUGUGUGGCCCCCGUUAUGUGAGUAAUAGCCCAGACGGGGGCUUUGUGGUCAGUGAAGAGUGUGGAGAUGUCCGCCUCUUUGGCCAUGCUCACCAGCCACUGGGCUCGCUGGGCAGCCGCUUUCAGCACCCGUUUGGCAAUCCUGCUGGUGUCUGCACUGAUGCCCAAGACAACAUAAUUGUUGCUGAUGAACAGCACAAAGAAGUAACCCUAUUCCCACCGACUGGAGCCCCAGUCAGACUGGUAUCUAAAGGUCUACAAAGGCCCACAGGAGUGGCCUGUGCCUCCCAUGGCCGACUGUUGGUAGCCGACAAUGGAGAUAAUUGUGUCAAAAUCUUUAAAUAUCAAAGGUAGCCCUUAAGAUAGUCCGGGGGGCACUGGAGGAGGGGGAGAUUCUGUGUCCCAGACACUAAGGUGAGUAUCAGGACGUCAUGAAGCAAAGGUUAGGACUCCUAUGUUUUUGUCCUGCUAGUAUGGUCUGGGACUGUACCUCAUUUUCCCUGUGUGAACCAUGAGAAGACACUCCUCUCUGCAAAAGGUUCUUUCCAAAUGGAGUAAGAGGGACACAUUGUGGAACAUCCAACAGCUGUUUACUGACCUGCUUCAUGUUUCUGGGAUUCUUGGUCCUGACUCCCAGGCCCCCAGGAGUAGGGGCCUGAAUAGCUCCAGAUAAAGAUUCUGGGACUGAAGGUUAACUCUGCAUCAACCAAUCAAGUCUUUCCCCAAUCCUGUACUGUGCUACAUAAAAAGUUAUGGUAUUGGGGGGUAAGAGAGAAUAGGAAACUGGGGCAAUGGAAGAAAGGAGCAGAGAAAAGGACUUCAUAGCCUCUGAAGAAAAGUCAACAACUAACAUGGAUAUCCAUGUUCCUUUUGAUAGUAUUUACUUAUAAUAGGACAGCUAAGUGGCACAGUGCAUUAAAAUGCUGGGCCUGGAGGCAGG